AUGAGGGGCGGUAGUUCCGAACGCCUUGUGGUGAGACCUUCGCGACGCCGCGGUGAAACGCGCGCGAAAUUAACACGGUACAUAACGGUGAUGCUGGCAGCGUUGCUAGGCGGAGGUGGUUCUGCUCUUCUUUUCCUCGUGCCAUUAUACGCAGAUCCUGCCUUGAGUGCGCUCGCUGCAGACUUCGAUCCAGUGCCAGCCGAGUGCGUCACAGAGAGAAGGGACGAUAGGAUGGGUCUAGACAACUGUACAUGGGCAUCAUGCAGGGAAGGCUGCACAAGCGACGCAUAUAAAUGCACCCAACUCCACGUUAAAUACAAAGCCUACUCAGAGGAUUGGCGUCCAGCUGUACUUUUCGUCAACAUAAAGGGAUGCGGAUAUCCACCGUCUGUGGACUGCGAAAACUUCACUAUGAGCUACGGAUAUGUCGGCGCUAAGUAUCCAUGCUAUUGGUCACGAGCUGAUACUAGUGUGGUAAUUCCGAGGUGGUCCAGAGGCGAACAGGUGGCCACAGUGACCAGGACCCUAGCUCUGCCGUUGUUUCUGUCUGGAUGUGCCGGUAUUGGCUUGUGCGCGCUGCAUUGCGAAUGUAAACCAAGACGCCGACGACGCCCCCCGCGCAGGCCCCCCCGCAUCCCCACUCUAUCCCCAGAUGACACAUUAGUCUACCGCCUAGCGUAA